GAGAAGAGAAUUGGACAUGGCUUCCACCUGCAACAACUCCUCGUCAUUCAAGAUCAUACUCGGGUCGUCGUCGCCAGCUCGCCGCGAGAUCCUGUCCGAUAUGGGAUACGAGUUCACCGUCAUGUGCGCUGACAUCGACGAGAAGGCCAUCAGGAGGGAGAAGCCGGAGGAGCUGGUCAAGGCCCUGGCCGAAGCCAAGGCCAACGCCGUCAAACUGAACCUUCCUCACGGCUGCGGUCAAGAUCAGCCUACCCUUCUAAUCACUUCUGACCAGGUUAUGGUGAGCAGAGGGGUGAUAAGAGAGAGGCCAAGAAGCACGGAAGAAGCCAGAGAAUUCAUUAAGGCGUACUCGGAUGAUCGAGCGUUUGCGGUGAACUAUGUUCUCGUCACCAACCUAAGCACCGGUGACAGGAAAGGGGGCUGGGAUAUACCUGAGAUAAUUUUUCGCCACAUACCAGACGCGUUCAUCGAAGAAGUCGUCAAGGAAGAAGACAUGACCUGCGUGGCUGGGGGCUUCAAGCUGACGCAUCCAUCGGCGUCGCCAUUCAUCAAGGAACUAGUCGGUACAGCGGACAGCGUUCGAGGGCUGCCGAGGGAUCUCACCGAGAAGCUUAUCACAGAGUCGUUGGAAGCACAAUAG